AUGGCGGAUGAGGAUGAGGUGGAGUGUGGCAGUGAGUUCCCAGCCCUCUAUAAAGUCAUGCUGGACAAACUGAAUGAACAGAGACAUUUGGACCAGUUCACAGACAUCACUCUCAUAGUGGACGGUAAGCUCAUCCUCAAUGAUGCUUGUUGUAUUGCCGAAAGUGAAGGUGCAGCUUAAGAUUGUUGACUUGUAUGUUUUGUUCAGAUAAAUACAUUUCUGUUUCAAUAUCAUUGUGUUAAAGACAAGUGUCCACAUUGUAUGAAGUAUUCUAGUUAAUGAUGUUCUGUGCUGUACUAUUUAUGGGCUCAUCUUACUCUGGUCUUUAGGGCACCAUUUCAGGGCUCAUAAGGCAGUGUUGGCAGCAUGCAGUCAGUUCUUCCACAAGUUCUUCCAGGACUUCACACAGGAGCCACUAGUGGAGAUUGAAGGUGUGUAUUGCUCAGGGUUUCCAUUAGCCGGCAAUAAAAAAUAAAAUAAAUAAAAAUGUAAAGCCUUUUUUUAAAAACAUUUUUAUAUACAGUACCAGUCAAAGGUUCGUACACACCUACUCAUUCAAGGGUUUUUCUUUAUUUCUACUAUUUUUUACAUUGUAGAAUAAUAGUGAAGAAAUCAAAACUAUGAAAUAACACAUAUGGAAUCAUGUAGUAACAAAAAAGUAUUAAACAAAUUAAAAUAUGUUUUAUAUUUGAGAUUCUUCAAAUAGCCACCCUUUGCCUUGAUGACAGCUUUGCACACUCUUGGUGUCCAGUGUAGAAAAUAGUUAAAAUAUAGAAAAACCCUGGAAUGAGUAGGUGUGUCUAAAUUUGACUGGUACUGUGUAUAUAUAUAUUUUUUUUAUAAAGCAUAAACUGUUGCCGGCCAAAAUGACAGGGACCCCCAAAAAAUAUUAGCAAAAUAAUGCUUUUUAUUCACUAAUCAGCGAGGCCUAUUGUCACGCGUACUGCCCAAAUUGUGGGCUUCCCUAAUAGGCAUAGGCCUAGGAGCUUGUGAUUUGGAACAAUCCACAGCUAUUUAAAACAAUUAAUAAACUAAUGAUCCUCGAUUUCUGGUUAUGUAUUUUAUUUAUUUCUGUAUAGACAGGAGUAAUUAUAUAAUUUUGGCAAAUGUAUUUCCAUUUACUUCCCCAUUGGACCCACCUCUGUGCCAUGUUCUAUGGGCCAGUAAAUUCAAAUCUUCCUGGUCACGUUGUCCGGCGCUGCUGAACCAAUGACACAUCGUCUGCCUGUCUGUCAUAUCAAUCAAGAAAAUAAACAAUAGCAGAAAGAGCUCUAUAGCCCCUGAGAAAAGCAAAAAACAAGACCCACAUCCACUUUUGAUAAUAACUAUAAGACUUAUCACAUGCUAACCCAGUGCACCCAUCAAUCCUCUGUGUUGUUUGUUCUGCAGGAGUGAGUAACUCAGCCUUCCGCCAGCUGAUGGAGUUUACGUACACGGCUACACUUGCCGUCAGUGGGCCAGAGGAGGUCAACGACGUGUGGAAGGCAGCAGAGUACCUCCAGAUGCAGGAGGCCAUCAAGGCCCUCAACAACAGGUUAGCCUGCCAUUAGAACAUCUGGACCCCCUUACUACUAAUAUAGUCCCGUACUACCAAUAUAGGCUAGUCCCUUUUUGGUGUUGUCUUGUUUGGUUGUCAUCUUUUUUUGUUAAAUGGUAUUUUAUCCCUGUGUAUUUGAACGCAGAGCACUUUGAUGAAAUAGAACCGUCUCUGUCUCCUUCUCCAUAGGAUGAGUGAUGGCACUCCCUUCAGCCCGUCCCAGGCCCUGGCGGCAGGGAAGAGCAAUGCCAAAAAGAGGAAGCCAGCUGAGACUUUUAGCAUGAUCACUGAGACUCUUCAGUCAGUGGUGGGGGAGCAGGUUAGAGGUCUACAAUGACACAUUAUGCUUGAGUUAUUAUGACAUAGAAUUAUGACCUGCAUAAAGUGCUAAAAAGUGUCCCACAAGAGAUGGCGCCAGAGAAGAUGGCUGCCGUUUUACAGCCCUCUAACCAAUUGUAAUAUUAUGUGUGUUUUUUCGCGUUAUUUGUAAUUUAUUCUGUACAUAAUGUUUCUGCCAUUGUCUCUUAUAACCAAAAAUAGCUUCUGGAUAUCAGGACAGCGAUUACUCACCUCGUAUUGGACAAAUAUUUUUUCUUCAACGAGUCGGAUGCGAAGGAUAUCCUACAGACACCCGACAAGGCCCAAAUCCCCGUCAUUCGCAUGAGAAAGAGACGGAGAUAUCGUGGACGUAGGUCGGGGUGCCUUGAAAGGAUCCGACAGCGAGCAAGUAAACUGCCUCUUCCAUCAAGCCUAUUAGCCAAUCUUCAAUCAUUUGAAUAUAAAUUAGAUUACCUAAGAUUACGGCUAUCCUACCAACGGGACAUUUAAAAACUGUAAUAUCUUAUGUUUCACCAAGUCGUGGCUGAAUGACGACAUGGACAACAUACAGCUAGCGGGCUAUACGCUACAUCGGCAGGAUAGAACGGCUGACUCCGGUAAGACAAGGGGUGGCGGUCUGUGUAUAUUUGUAAACAACAGCUGGUGCAGAAAAUCAAAUACUAAGGAAGUCUCAAGGUUUUGCUCUCCUGAGGUAGAGUAUCUUAUGAUAAGCUGUAGACCACACUACUUACCAAGAGUUUUCAUCUAUAUUUUUCAUAGCUGUCUAUUUACCGCCACAAACCAAUGCUGGCAUUAAGAUUGCACUCAAUGAGCUGUAUAAGACCAUAACUAAACAGGAAAACGCUCAUCUACAGGCAGCGCUCCUAGUGGCCGGGGACUUUAAUGCAGGGAAACUUAAAUCCGUUCUACCUAAUUUCUACCAGCAUGUUAAAUGUGCACCAGAGGAAAAAAACUCUAGACCACCUUUACUCCACACACAGAGAUGCAUACAAAGCUCUCCCUCGCCCUCCAUUUGGCAAAUCUGACCAAAACUCUAUCCUCCUGAUUCCUGCUUAUAAGCAAAAACUAAAGCAGGAAGCACCAGUGACUCGGUUAAUAAAAAAGUGGUCAGAUGACGCAGAUGCUAAACUACAGGACUGUUUUGCUAGCACAGACUGGAACAUGUUCCGGGAUUCUUCAGACAGCAUUGAGGAGUACACCACAUCAGUCACUGGCUUCAUCAAUAAGUGCAUCGACGACGUCGUCCCCACAGUGACCGUACGUACAUACCCCAACCAGAAGCAAUGGAUUACAGGCAACAUCCGCACUGAACUAAAGGGUAGAGCAUCCGCUUUUAAGGAGCGGGACUCUAACCUGGACGCUUAUAAGAAAUCCCGCUAUGCCCUCCGACGAACCAUCAAAUAGGCAAAGAGUCUAUACAGGACUAAGAUUGAAUUGUACUACACCGGCUCUGACGCUUGUCGGAUGUGGCAGGGCUUGACAACUAUUACAGACUACAAAGGGAAGCACAGCCGCGAGCUGCCCAGUGACACAAGCCUACCAGAUGAGCUAAACCACUUCUAUGCUCACUUCGAGGCAAGCAACACUGAAGCAUGCAUGAGAGCACCAGCUGUUCCGGAUGACUAUGUGAUCAUGCCCUCCGUAGCCGAUGUGAGUGAGACUUUUAAGCAGGUCAACAUUCACAAGGCCGCAGAGCCAGACGGAUUACCAGGACGUGUACUCCGAGCAUGUGCUGACCAACUGUCAAGUCUCUUCACCAACAUUUUCAACAUGUCCCUGACUGAGUCUGUAAAACCAACAUGUUUCAAGCAGACCUCCAUAGUCCCAGUGCCCAAGGACACUAAGAUAACCUGCCUAAAUGACUACCGACCCAUAGCACUGACGUCUGUAGCCAUGAAGUGCUUUGAAAGGCUGGUCAUGGCUCACAUCAACACCAUUAUCCCAGAAACCCUAGACCCACUCCAAUUUGCAUACCGCCCCAACAGAUCCACAGAUGAUGCAAUCUCUAUUGCACUCCACACUGCCCUUUCCCACCUGGACCAGAGGAACAUCUACGUGAGAAUGCUAUUCAUUGACUACAGCUCAGCGUUCAACACCAUAGUGCCCUCAAAGCUCAUCACUAAGCUAAGGACCCUGGGACUAAACACUUCCCUCUGCAACUGGAUCCUGGACUUCCUGACGGGCCACCCCCAGGUGGUAAGGGUAGGUAACAACACAUCUGCAACGCUGAUCCUCAACACAGGGGCCCCUCACGGGUGCGUGCUUAGUCCCCUCCUGUACUCCCUGUUCACUCAUGACUGCAUGGCCAGGCACGACUCCAACACCAUCAUUAAGUUUGCCGACAACACAACAGUGGUAGGCCUGAUCACCGACAAUGAUGAGACAGCCUAUAGGGAGGAGGUCAGAGACCUGGCCAUGUGGUGCCAGGAUAACAACCUCUCCCUCAACGUGACCAAGACAAAGGAGAUGAUUGUGGACUACAGGGGAAAAAAAAAAGAACUGAGCACGCCCCCAUUCUCAUCGAUGGGGCUGUAGUGGAACAGGUUGAGAGAAGUUCCUUGGUGCCACAUCACCAACGAACUAUCAUGAUCCAAACACACCAAGACAGUCGUGAAGAGGGCACGACAAAGCCUAUUCCCCCUUAGGAGACUGAAAAGAUUUGGCAUGGGUCCUCAGAUCCUCCAAAAGUUAUACAGCUGCACCAUCGAGAGCAUCCUGACUGGUUGCAUCACCGCCUGGUAUGACAACUGCUCGGCCUCUGACCGCAAGGCACUACAGAGGGUAGUGCGUACGGCCCUAGUACAUCACUGAGGCCAUGCUUCCUGCCAUCCAGGACCUCUAUACCAGGCGGUGUCAGAGGAAGACCCUAAAAAUUAUCAAAGACUCCAGCCACCCUAGUCAUAGACUGUUGUCUUUGCUACCGCACGGCAAGCGGUACCGGAGCGCCAAGUCUAGGUCCAAAAGGCUUCUCAACAGCUUCUACCCCCAAGCCAUAAGACCCCUGAACAGCAAAUCAUGGCUACCCAUACUAUUUGCACUGCCCCCCCCCCCCCCCCACCCCCAACCCAUCUUUUUACGCUGCUGCUACUCUGUUUUUUAUGCAUAGUCACUUUAACUCUACCCACAUGUACAUAUUACCUCAACUAGCCGGUGCCCCCGCACAUUGACUCUGCACCGGUACCCCCCUGUAUAUAUAGCCUCCCUACUGUUAUUUUAUUUUACUUUUGCUCUUUUUCUCUCAACACUUUUUUUUGUUGUUUUAUUUUACUUUUUUAUUUAAAAAUAAAUUCAUUGUUGGUUAAGGGCUGUAAAUAAGCAUUUCACGGUAAUGUCUACACCUGUUGUAUUUGGCGCAUGUGGCAAAUAAAAAUUGAUUUGAAAUCAUCAUCAUCCUAAUCCUCUGUCCUUUCCUCCUAAUAUCUGUUGCUGUGCUGACCCCAGUCUGUCCUUGCAGGUGGAGAUUGAGGUGGAGAUCGGGGAGGGGGCCAUCGAGGUGGAGGAGACUGGUAUGGAGGAGGUGGUAGACGCUGCUCGGAACGCCCAGGCAGCCUCGGACGACUCGGCCCUGGCACUGCUCGCUGAUAUCACCAGCAAGUACCAGCAGGGGGGGCCAAUGCUGCACGUGGUGAAGAAGGAAGGACUGGAGGAGGUAAACAAAACACUCUGUCUCUCUAAUGCGCGUGUAAAAACCACACACUUGGAAGGACCGUGACCAACAUUGAUUCAAAGCAUUCAUUUUAAUAUUAUAAGGAGACUAUUAUUUUGGUGACAUUUCCAAUCUUUCUUAAAACAAGUCGUCCUUUCAUCUCAAUGCAUCCAUACAUUAUGAAAAAUAAAGUUGUGUGUGUGUAGGAGAUCCAGGAGGAGGUGUAUCAGGAGGAGACGGUGACAGCUCCCAAGACUCUCGAGGGCCUGGAGGUGGUCGAGGUCCAGAUCUCUCAGCUGGACAACAUGUUCCGCUGCAACAAAUGUGACCGCAGCUUCCGUCUCUACUACCACCUCAAACAGCACAUGCGCGCGCACGUGGCCACCCUGGACAAGCCGCAUGUGUGUUGCCACUGCGGUAAGGCGUACAUGCGGGAGGCGGCACUGAAACAGCACCUGAACACGUUACAUUACGAGGCAGAGGAGCUGUCGCGCAGCCAGUCCCAGAAGAAAAAGAUGCACGUGUGCGAUUACUGUGACAAGCAGUUUGACCACUUUGGACACUUCAAGGAGCACUUACGAAAGCACACUGGUGAGAAUGAUAAUACCCAGAGGGAUUCAUUUAGGGCAGGGGUGUCAAACUCAUUCCAUGGAGGGCCGAGUGUCUGCGGGAUUUUUGUUUUUUCCUUUCAAUUAAGACCUAGACAACCAGGUGAGGGGAGUUCCUUACUAAUUAGUGACCUUAAUUCAGCAAUCACGUACAAGGGUGGAGCGUAAACCCACAGACACUCGGCCCUCCGAGUUUGACAUGUGAUUUAGGGGUUCAAGUUCAUCUGUGUUCAAGUGCCCGAGUUAACUACAGUUGAAGUCGGAAGUUUACAUACACCUUAGCCAAAUACAUUUAAACUCAGUUUUUCACAAUUCCUGACAUUUAAUCCUAGUAAGAUUAACUGUCUUAGGUCAGUUAGGAUCACCACUUUAUUUUAAGAAUGUGAAAUGUCAGAAUAAUAGUAGAGAGAAUGAUUUAUUUCAGCUUUUAUUUCUUUCAUCACAUUCCCAGUGGGUCAGAAGUUUACAUACACUCAAUGAGUAUUUGGUAGCAUUGCCUUUUAAAUUGGUAGCCUUCCACAAGCUUCCCACAAUAGGUUGGGUGAAUUUUGGCCCAUUCCUCCUGACAGAGAUGGUGUAACUGAGUCAGGUUUGUAGGCCUCCUUGCUCGCACACGCUUUUUCAGUUCUGCCCACAAAUCUUCUAUAGGAUUGAGGUCAGGGUUUUGUGAUGGCCACUCCAAUACCUUGAUUUUGUUGUCCUUAAGCCAUUUUGCCACAACUUUGGAAGUAUGCUUGGGGUCAUUGUCCAUUUAGAAGACCCAUUUGCGACCAAGCUUUAACUUCCUGAAUGAUUUCUUCACAUGAUGCCAUCUAUUUUGUGAAGUGCUCCAGUCCCUCCUGCAGCAAAGCACCCCCACAGCAUGAUGCUGCCACCCCGUGCUUCACGGUUGGGAUGGUGUUCUUCGGCUUGCAAGCAGCCCCCUUUUUCCUCCAAACAUAACGAUGGUCAUUAUGGCCAAACAGUUUUAUUUUUGUUUCACCAGACCAGAGGACAUUUCGCCAAAAUGUACGAUCUUUGUCCCCAUGUACAGUUGCAAACCGUAGUCUGGCUUUUUUAUGGUGGUUUUGGAGCAGUGGCUUCUUCCUUGCUGAGCGGCCUUUCAGGUUAUGUCGAUAUAGGACUUGUUUUACUGUGGAUAUAGAUACUUUUGUACCUGUUUCCUCCAGCAUCUUCACAGGGUCCUUUGCUGUUGUUCUGGGAUUGAUUUGCACUUUUCGCACCAAAGUAUGUUCAUCUCUAGGAGACAGAACACCUCUCCUUCCUGAGCGGUAUGACGGCUGCGUGGUCCCAUCGUGUUUAUACUUGUGUACUAUUGUUUGUACACAUGAACGUGGUACCUUCAGGCAUUUGGAAAUUGCUCCCAAGGAUGAACCAGACUUGUGGAGGUCUAUUUGUUUUUCUUCUGAGGUCUUGGCUGAUUUUCCCAUGAUGUCAAGCAAAGAGGCACUGAGUUUGAAGGUAGGCCUUGAAAUACAUCCACAGGUACACCUCCAAUUGACUCAAAUGAUGUCAAUUAGCCUAUCAGAACCUUCUAAAACCAUGACAUCAUUUUCUGGAAUUUUCCAAGCUGUUGAAAGGCACAGUCAACUUAGUGUAUGUACAUUUCUGACCCACUGGAAUUGUGAUACAGUGAAUUAUAAGUGAAAUAAUCUGUCUGUAAACAAUUGUUGGAAAAAUUACUUGUCAUGCACAAAGUAGAUGUCCUAACCGACUUGCUAAAACUAUAGUUUGUUAACAAGAAAUGUGUGGAGUGGUUGAAAAACAAGUUUUAAUGACUCCAACCUAAGUGUAUGUAAACUUCCGACUUGAUGUUCAUUUGUAGUUCCUGGGCACUGUGGGCAGGCUAAAACGGCAUCCACAGCACUUCAUUGCACUUAUCAACCAGACUUCACUUCAACAACACCUUUGUCUCUCCUCUAUGAGUAUGAUCAUGUGCAUUGAUGACUGUGUGACCUGUUCUUGUGAAUGUGAAUGCGACCACCUCAAUAGGAUCUCCUGAGUUAUGCAUUAGAUGUAAUUCAUUAUUUGGUCCCUGUGUGUGUAGGUGAGAAGCCGUUUGAGUGUCCAGACUGCCAUGAGCGCUUUGCCAGGAACAGCACAUUGAAAUGUCACAUGGCUGCCUGUCAAAACGGCGCCGGGGCCAAGAAGGGACGAAAGAAACUCUACGAAUGUCAGGUACAGAGAACACUCCUUUCUUCCUGAUUUAAUCAGGAGUCAAAAUGUACUGUUUUUGUGCUGAUGUUGUGCCGAUCACACCCUUGACUAGUGCACUUGCUGGGGUUCUAAAAUGAUCUCUCUCUAGGUGUGCAGCAGUGUUUUCAACAGCUGGGAGAUGUUUAAAGACCACCUGACGACCCACACAGGAGAGAAGCCCAACCACUGCACCAUGUGUGACCUCUGGUUCACCCAGCCCCACGACCUGCGCCGACACCUCCGCGACCUGCACAGUGUCACAGACGACACGCUGAUGGCCCAGGAACUGGACAUCGGCGCCAUGGCAACGCAAGAGGAAGUGGCUGGGGAGGAGGACGAGGAGGGAGGUGAGAGCAAGACCCUCUUGCUGGAGGACGGGAUGAGGGUGGAGCAUGUUACCGUGGAGCCUGUAGACGUGGUAGCCAUGGAGGAAACGGACAUGGUGGUGGAAGAGGUGACGGAGAUGUGUGAGGAGGACAUGGAGCGAUUGAAGGAGGCAGGGGUGGAGAUCCGGGUGGUGCAGGUGUCAGCAGAGGGACAGGUGAACUCUGAGAUCCAGGUGGAGGAGGAAUCACAACAGACUGUGGAUGUAUGA